AUGCCUUGGUAUUACCCACAGCCAGCUCCUCUUGCCCCCAAGCUUGCCUCGCAACGUCAACCUCCCCCUCACCCAUACCCAGCUAAUCCUCAGCCUAAAUACCAACCCCUGGUCCCCGUCCAACACAAGUAUUCACAGCGGGGUCCGGUACACCCAAAACCCGGCCCGAUACACCCACAGCCCGGUCCGGUAUACCCAAAACCCGGUCCAGUACACCCAAAACCCGGCCCGAUACACCCACAGUCCCGUCCGGUAUACCUAAAACCCGGUCCGGUACACCCACAGCCCGGUCCCUUACACCCACAGCCCAGUCCCGUAUACACCCAUUACGGUCCUGUACACCCACUACCCGGUCCUAUUUACCCCCAACCCGGUCCCAGUUACCCUGAACAGGAUCACGUUCAGCCCGCUCCUCAUCCCAGGUACCCUGGACCGAGCCAGAAGCCCGGAGGUAGCGGUGGGUGUCUUAAGCACUGUGCCUACGUGCCCGACGGUGACUACCAGUCUUGUAGUGGCUGUAACUUCUACGUGAGCUGUGUAGCGGGACUGACUUACGACUACAGGCCCUGUCCCGCCUACCUCUGCUGGGACGACUACAAGAAGAGGUGUGAGUUCUGGUCUUCGACCUGCGACUGUAAGGCGAGAGGUGGCUACGGGCCAUUCAAAAGCGGCAGCUACUGA